GCUCGCUAAAGUUUGGCGUGAUUCGUGGAAGUUUUAGAUUUGGAGGAAAAAAGCUCAGCUAAGAAUCAGGAACUUGUAAAAUGGCUUUUCGCAGGAGAAACAAGAGUUAUCCUUUCUUCAGCCAAGAGUUUCUCAUUCAGAAUCACGCGGACAUUGUGUUUAGUUUGGUGAUUUUCGUUUUGAUUGGACUGAUGUUUGAGACCACAGCGAAAACAGCCAUUUUAUUCAUCCAGCCUCAGUAUAACAUCAGCACCAUAAUCGCAGAUGGAGAAGUGACUCUGUAUCAUUAUGGAUGGAAAGACUGUGCCACUGUCCUCUUCUAUCUUUGUAUCACCAUCAUUCUUCACGCGGUGGUGCAGGAAUAUGUGCUAGAUAAGGUAAACCGACGUCUGCACCUGUCAAAGAGUAAAAACACAAAGUUUAAUGAAUCCGGGCAGCUGUUUGUGUUUUACCUGGUGUCCAGUUUAUGGAGUCUCUAUGUCAUCGCCACAGAGGGAUACAUUCUGCAUCCAAGCAGCCUUUGGGAGAAUUAUCCUCAUGUUCACCUGAGGUUUCAGGUGAAGUUCUUCUACCUCACACAGCUAGCGUACUGGUUUCACACACUACCUGAACUUUACUUCCAGAAAGUAAGAAAGGAGGAAAUCCCGCGUCAGCUGCAGUAUGUCAGUCUUUAUCUGUUACACAUUCUGGCUGCAUAUCUGUUAAAUUUGACGCGGGUCGGGCUGGUUUUGUUGUUUCUGCAGCAUCUUUCUGAGAUGGGUUUCCAUCUGUCUCGACUGUUUUACUUCACUGAUGAAAGCCACCACAAACUGUUUGAGAUGUGGUCCGUUGGGUUCGUCCUGACCCGGAUGAUCACUCUGACUCUGAUGUUCCUGGCUGUGGGCUUCGGUUUGGCUCGUUCUGAAAACCAGAUGCUUGAUUUGGAGACGGGAAACUUCAACACUCUUUCUAUCAGGCUGCUGGUGUUGAUCGUGGUGUGUUUCACUCAAUCGUGGCUGCUCUGGAAGUUCUUCCGUUUCCAGCUGAGCCGAACACGAGAGCUGAGACUGGAGCAGGCGGCCCGGAAGAGAGCGGCCGCUAAACAACACAUGCAGCGCACGCUCAAACGAGAUUCAGUUGGUCACCAUGAGAAUGGACUGAUUAAAGCAGAGAACGGCACAUCUCCUCGUCUCAAGAAAAUCAAAGCACCGUAAACUUCAGCCCCAUUCCAGCGGAUGGCCUCCACACAUCGACGGCACAGGAACAGGAAACAGUUCAUCUGCCUGCUGCUUCCUGUUUCCACAUCAAGAGAAGUGCAUGUGGCGUUUCUCAGAGGAAGUGACGACUGCACCCUCACCGGGCUCUGGUCAACGUCCUAAACUUCUCUUUCCAGUUUCAGUAUUCAUGUAAUUUCUUCUGCAUAUGUUUGUAAACUUCACUCAGUCUUUCUUUAUUAAAGCGCUGUUUUGAGGUU